AUGCCAACUAGCUAUGGAUUGCUUAGCACUCUUUUCAUCUGUGUAGUUAUAAGCAGUGAAGUGCAAGCAAACAGAAAUUGGACGUCAACCAGAAUAAAACGGCAAGCAGUUGGAUGCGGGUUUCAAUGCAAAAGUGACGGAGUAUGCAUAGACUCUGUACAGGAAUGCAAUGGAAAAGUUGACUGUGCUGAUGGUAGUGACGAGACAGACCAUUGCAAAGGCACAUGGUGUCCAAAAUAUUUAUAUCGUUGCAACUAUGGAGCCUGCAUUUCCAAAGUUUCCGUAUGCGAUGGAAAACAGGACUGCAAAGAUAACUCUGAUGAAACCGGACCAAACUGCAGAGCUGCUCCAAAAAACGAAACUUGCGGUAACGAUCAGUUUCACUGUACCUCAGGCGAGUGUAUAGAUCCCAUAUUUCAGUGCAAUGGUAAAGCAGAUUGUAGAGACAAAUCUGAUGAAACAGAAGACUGCAAGGACAUUUGGUGUCCACAUUUUGUCUAUAGGUGCGAUUAUGGUGCGUGCGUGAAUGGAGACGCAGAAUGCAAUGGUAACGUUGAUUGUCUGGAUGGCUCGGACGAAUCGGUAUCGAAAUGCGGAAAAACUCCAGCCCCUCCAGUGAAGAUCACCACCACGGAAGGGCCACCAACGCCUCGACCUACACCACCACCAACACCUGCACCCAUUCCAAAACCAGUCACAGAUGUUGCUAUUGGCGGUUCUUGCGUUCUACCGGAUUAUCCUGACAAUGGCCGGUGGCAGUUGUUGCAAGGUAAAAAAUAUCCGGGACAGAGCGUGGAGCCUGGGACUGUAAUAGUAGCGAAAUGUGACUCAGGCUACACUUUAGAAAGCGACAGCAGCUACUCAAUUUGCGUGGGUGGAGGAGUAUGGAAUUUGGCGUUCAAUUGCAAACUUCAAUGUCCGGCUUACACCUCCACUAACACCACCUUCAUCACUUGCACUCUAAACAACGAAUACAGGGACUGCGCAAGAGCAGUGGACGGCACCUAUAUGGAAAUUAAUUGUGCUCCGUUCUUUGAAAAUCUCAGUUCUGGCAAAUACAGAUAUUGCAAGGAUGGAACCUGGGACAACGCAAAGCCUCAAUGCUCCCCAGCUUGUGGAAUGAAGAGAGUUCGUACAGCUGCGCUUUCAGUUGGGGGUGUUCCAGUGGAAAAAGGAGAUUAUCCAUGGCAAGUGGCCAUUUUCAAGAAGAUUGGAGAUGAGUUUUCUCCCAUAUGCGGAGGAUCUAUGCUCAAUACGAAAAUUAUUUUAACAGCUGCUCAUUGUAUGGUGGAUGAAAAUAAGGACGGGACCAUUUCUAUCACGCCUGGAAACUUUGAGGUGGCAGUUGGUAAAUUUUACAGACAGUACCGGCAUCCAGAAGACAAAGAUGCUCAAUAUUCACCGGUGAAGGAAAUAUUACCUUCGGGAGACUACAGAGGAUCUUUUGGAAGCUACACGUCCGAUAUCGCGCUAUUGGUCGUAAAAAUCGAGUUCAAACCCUCAAAAAUGGUGCAGCCAGUGUGCAGAGAUAAUUCUAAUAUUAUUCAUUUGACAGCUGGACAAUUGGGUGUUGUCACCGGUUGGGGUUACACAAAACAUGGCGGCGAAGCUUCCAAUGAACUUAGAGAGUUGGUGGUACCAUUUGAAGAGGACUCAAUUUGUAGGUCAAAAUUGCCGCUUGAAUAUGUUCAUAGAUAUUAUUCAAAUGACAAGCUUUGUGCAGGCUUCCACAACAACAGCAAGUCUGUGUGUGAAGGUGAUAGUGGUGGAGGAUUGGUUUUCGAGCAAAACCAAAGAUACUACAUAAGAGGAAUUGUGAGCAUAUCGCCUAGACAGGAUGGUAGUUGCGAUAUACAACAGUAUACCCUGUAUACAAACGUCAAUAAAUUCAAUUCUUUCAUCGAUAAGACUAUUGUAAAAUACUCGUAA